AUGAUUGAUAUUAAGCAAAAUAUUAACGAGAAAAACUAUGACAAAGUGCUCGAUGCGCUCAAUUCGUUGGAUAUCAGCGAUGCGGAUAUAGAUUCGUUCCGAAGGGAAGUCUCUACUUUAAUAGAUAGUUUCUACUCUUGCCAUGAUUCGGAAGACGAGUCCGCGAAUCGUAUUGCCAUCAAGUGCUUAAACUUGCUGAAACGAGCCUGCGCUCGGGGAGAAUCGUUUCAAAAUGCUAUCGUGGCAAGGGUUGAAUUUUUGGAACGUGUUCGCGAUAUGCUGAUGAACGAGAAAGGUACCAUACCGGAAAAUGUCCGCAGUAACUGUCUACAGCUACUGGCCAAUCUGUGCGUACAGAACACCUGCAAUCAGGAACGGAUCAUAACGUUUAUGCACACGUUCCUGCACACCAAUGUAUCUUCCAACGGUGGAUACGCCAACGCAUCGGCAAUGAUUUUGUACAAUGGAUUCAUCUACAAAACCGUCAGCCUGGAUUUGCAUGACAUUUUGAACCGACUGUUGGAAAACGUUGAAGCUAACCGUUUGGCGCAAACUGAUUUGCCCGAGUUUGUGUGCAUAUUUCUGGAGUAUCUAAUAGUUGAGAGUAACGAGAUGGUGCAGGUGUUGGAGACGAUGGAUGUUAGGAAAAAGUUGCUGCUUUUCCGGUACCUGAUCGAGUACAUACGGCAGGAGGACCGUCGCAUUCAUCCGAUCCAUCCGGAUGUGUUUAAGUACUUGCUGGCUGAGUUUAAAAAGAAGUCGGACAUGAUACUCAAGACGGACAACGUGCAGCUUGAUGCACAGGACACGGAGGAAGCAUUCACACUGCUAGUGUUGGUAGCGGAUGCGACAUGUGUAGAACCAUAUGGUUCUUUUAUGCGCCAUGACGGAGGAUUAUUUUUAAACAUGGGAUGCCUUUUGCGACAAAUGCAGCUGCUGAGCAAGUCCGAGACGAAGAACAUGUUUACUCCGGUGCAGAAAAUAGAGGAAAUAUUAAAAAUCAAGCAAGGCGACAGUGAGCUGGACAUUGAGACGCAGAUUUCGUACUCGUUGCGGUCAGCGGUGGUUAAAGCGCUGGCAAAUUUGACCUACAAAUCAAAGAAAAACCAAAAGCUUGCCCGUGAGAUGGACAUUAUAGCAGCGAUACUUGAAUGUACCAACUUGGACGCUCGCAAUCCGCUCAUUAAGGAAUGGAGCAUACUGGCUAUCCACAACCUUUGUGACGAUAAUUUAGAAAAUCAGCAAUUCAUUGCGGGACUGAAGAAGCUAGGCGAUGCAGAGAAUUCGCUGAUCACGGAGUACAAAUCUGGCACGAUUCGAAUCAGCGACCAGAGUGUCGGAAGCAAAAAGUAG